AUGAGGAAGGGAUCAAACAAAACAAUUGGCUCCAAAGCCAGUCCCGAAUGUGCUAAGCCUGAGAAACGUAAUCUGCAAGAUUUGUGGAAGGCUGCACUUCCAAUAGGAACUGAGUGGAAACGGUUAGAUGCACUUUAUGAACACAAUUGGGAUUUCAAACAUCUUGAAGAAGCAUUGGAGGAAGGAGGAAUCCUCUAUGGGAAGAAAGUCUAUGUUUUUGUCAAUACCGAACCUCAGCUUGUCCUCUACAAAGGUGUAAACAAGGUUGUCCCUGUCCCAACAGUUGUUGCUAUUGAAUCACCCUUUCCGCCUUCUGAUAAGAUAUCAAUCAUAUCGGUUCAGAGAGAAGAGGAGGAAAUCAUUCCAAUGAAGCAGAUGGAAUUGGAAUGGGCUCCUUACAUUCCGUUUGAAGAAAGAGAAGAAACACAAGUUGAUAGGAUGAAGUAUCAAAUUUUUAUCAUGGCCUGUACGCAGGAGAGAGCUACUCUGAGACAUCUGGAGGAAGAGCGUUCUAGGAAGUUCGACUGUUGCCUUCCUUAUUUCUAUGACCCAUUUGAGGAAGAUGAACUUGAACAAAGUACCGAGGUCCAGAUAUUGUUCCCAUCUGAACCGCCGGUUGUAUGUCUAUUUGACUGGGACGUUGACAGACUUGAGGUAUUUGUUGACGACCUGAUUAAAGAUGAAGAAUUAUGUGCGGAACAAAAGGAUGAAUUCAAAGAAUUUGUCGAAGAGCAUGUUCAAGCCGCAAAGAAAGCCAGGCUAGAGGCAACAGCUGCUCGAAUGAAAGCAAUAGAAGAAAUGAGCGAAGAUGCUUGGCAAGCCUUUCAAAGCACCAAGUUCUACAAAUUCUACCCUCAGCCUUCACCAGACUUCUCGGGACUCCUCAGGGUACCGAUGAUUAACCGAUACUACAGGGAUGCUCAUAUGAAGAAAACCCCGGCCAAUUUGACCAAUAUCGCCAUGGCCGAUGCUCGUAAACCUCUUGCUAUUAUUGAAGGACUUGAUAAAACUCCAACCAGUGUAGCAAAGAAUUUGUACAGCUCGAAGAAAGACCACAAAAGAUGA